AUCUGUCCCAUCGAAUCUUUUAUAAAUUCAUCGUCCCGAAGUUUCUCGAAUUUUCGAAUCUUCUUCUCCAACCUUUCUUCAUCUUCUUCUCCUAUAUAUCCCAAUCCUCUCUAACCCUUCUUCUCCAUCGGAGAGAUUACAAUUGCAGUUAUCUUCAACAGAUAAAUUCUUCUAUUCACUCAACAAACAAACAAGUUUCUGUCUCUCAAUCCUCUAAUCAAUGGAGCGUCCCCAUCCCCUCUUCAGAAAUCACUGGAAAUUUUUUGAACCUUCGAGUCUUCAUGUGCCGAGGAUGGCGGAACCUCCGGUAUAUCGCCGAACGGUGCCGGUGGUGCCGAAGGUCGUUCCUAUUCCUGUCUGUUAUGUCAAAUCCGAAAAUACCAGGCUUGAUUCGGCCAUCAAAAUCCAGAGGGUGUUCAGAGGUUUUCUGGUGCGGAAGAGCUUGAAGAAAGUUGUGGCGAUUGAGAGGGAAGUGAAUGAGAUAGAGAGGAGGCUUGCGAAUGAAGAGACGGUCGAUUUGGUUCGGAAGGAUGCUAAGGAGAGAAUUAGGUUUGGUGAGAUAUUGAUGAAUUUGCUGUUUAGGUUGGAUUCGGUGAAAGGCGUGGAUUCUGGAAUUAGGAAUUUGAGGAAAGCGGUGAUCAAGAAGGCUAUUGCGUUACAGGAGAAGAUUGAUUCAAUUGCUGCUGCGAAUGGAGCUACUAACGUGAUUUAUGAGACUCUCGAACCCGUUACUGCUAAAUGUGAUUCCGAAGCUGUUGAUCGCGAAUCUGCUGAUGAGUGUGAUGGCGAGAAUGCUGAUGGAGUAGAAGCGCCAAAGCCUGGAGCAAUUCUUGAGGAAUCUAAAGCUUGUUUUGUGGAAUCUAAUGUUGAUCCGGAAGUUCCUCAAGAAUCAGAGGAAGGGAAGAACUGUCCAGGAAAAGAUGACACGGAUCUUGAAGCGGCAGCGAGUGAAGAUGUGAGUCAGACGGAUUCAUCGAACAACCCACCAAAUUCAGACGAUGGGGUUGCAGAAUGUGGGUCUGUAGAUGAAAGAGAGAGUGGUGCAAAUGAAGAGGAUGAUAGCAGAAUCGAAGAAAGAGAGGGGGAUGGGCAGAGUAGAGAGAUUCUUGAAAGGAUGAUGAUGGACAACAAAAGAAUGAUGGAGAUGAUGGCGCAGCUGUUUGAAAAGAAUGAAAAGCAGUCACAAUUGCUAUUCUCACUGUCUCAAAGGGUUGAGAGGUUAGAAAAGACACUUUUGUGUGAGAUACUGCGAAAGAAGAAGAGGAACGGUACAGAUAGCUCAGAAAAAUCCCCCAAAACAAAGAAAAGUGUUCUGGAAUUACAAAAUGCCUUCAGCACAUAGAAGAUGAUGAUGAUGUUCCUGUAAAUGAAAUUUUGCGAUGAGAAGUGCAACUGUGGUCUAUACUUUAAUGGUAGCAGCUCUAGCAAUACAAGUUUGGAGAUGACACGAAGUGUAUCGGCCACCAAACUAGUGUUUUUUAUCUUCUAUUCAAGAAUUUUGAAGCAAUUUUAUUGUUUUUCAAUUGUUUAUUUUUUGUGAUUUGUGAUAUAUUUUGGGUUUUCUUUUUCUUCUCUUUUUUACUAUGAAUUAUAAUAUUUAUUUAAAUUUUGAGCUUCCUUUCUGAUUUGGGAGGCUAUUGAAAAAUAAUAUGAAGAUGGAUUGAAUUUUGCGAUA